AUGAACAAUCUCACAUAUUCUUCGGCAAUUCGACCCAGCACUCAACCAGCAGCCAUUCUCGCCAACACUGACAAUGUGCCCCUAACAGAAGACUCCUUGGUAGAUAGGCAAUAUAGUUUGAUACCUCGACAGACUCCACUCCAAAUCCUGCAAGGGGACAAGCCGAAACAGGCCUUCGAUGAUAGAGCUACGGCACCCCUGGAUGAUUCCACUCCGAACUUGCUGGGAAUCGAUUUGGACAGCCGCCUGAUCAUACUUGAUUGUCUCCUUGUCAAUCGUAAUCGCCGAGUCAUAGACAAGAAACAGAAACAUUUUGGCGAAGUCGAGCUCGAAGGUCCGGCUCAAGAUAUCGAUUAUCUCGAAUAUGGACAUUACGCUCUUGUUAGCUUUCCUUGCCUACCAUGCACGACCAACCAGUUAGAAAUAAUACGCACAAAGGGCCCAACCUCGAUUGCAGGAGCACAAAUUCUUCGAGUGUGCCGCCAACUCUAUCGCGAAGGCGUCCCUAUUCUGUACGGCAAAAACAGCUUCGUCUCGAGCAAUGGCCGAUCUUUUAACGAUAUCUGGCGAAGGGCCACUCCGUUGAACACAUCCUUGAUCAAGAAUCUCACAGUAGACAUAUCAAUCAGGAACACGGACGACAUAGGUAUCGAACUUGAGCUCAACAUCAAGUCCUUGGAGCAAGAUCUACCGUCUCUAUGCGAACUCACUUUGAUGUCCAAGUUCGCCGACCCUCACAGACAACGGCAUGGAAAACCCCCUCAUACCAAGCUCGAGGCAAAACACCGCACAAUACUGUGCACGGCAGUGGAUAUUGCGCUUCACCAUGCAACGUUGGGAACGGCAAUCUGGGAUGCGAGGUCCCGGCGAAUGUCCCCGGACGAGCUUAUUGGCGGUCUACUUGCUUAUGAAGAAGAUCAACACCAACUGGCAGUCAGGAUCCUUGCGAGGGAUCACGCUGUAAAACUCAAGGAGCACCGGAGACAAUACCCCUUGCCAGGGAAAGAAGAGGUCAUUACCAAGGAUUUCGUGCUCGAUUGUCACGCAAUCACCCAGGUCAGACUGGCACAUUUGAUUGGAAUGAGUCCUUCGGAUUUUGCUCUCCCUGAUGGAAGCUCAGCCGCAGUGAUCCCUGCCUCGUAG